CGCGCGUUUCUCUUGGCUGUAAAAGUGCUCAGUCUGUCAACUGAAAUGCAAAUAACGUUAGCCCUGCUGCAUGUAUCUGUCUCGAUACGUUAUCUUCAUGUGGGGGUGGGUAGCGUGACCUACGGCUAUCCAACUCCACUAAAAUCCGUUUAUGUGUAACGUUCACCAACGAUCGUCGCCUCUGAAUGAUAGCUCAACAUUCAUCUCCGCCGCACCGUGAACACACGAGGAGAACGACAGACACACCUCGUUCACCAGUUCACUCAUUUUAGCUGCUCUUAGCGCCAAAGACCGUUUGUUUUAGCAUCCCAGGGAAGUGGGUUUUACAACCGCUGUUUUAAGCCCUUUUAGACAGUCAUGUGAUUGUAACGUAACCCGACCGGAAAACACCGACGACCAUCGCCGCCAAUGCUGCGUUUGAGAGGAACAGAGCAGCUGCGAGCCCAACGGACAAGUCCCCCGGUACUGAACAUCGACUCACCGAACUCCACACGCUCUAGCGGAGGAAAGGUGGAAGUAUGGAGUUGGCCAAUCAUGGUCUUAUCCUUCUUCAGCAGCUCAACGCACAGAGGGAGUUUGGCUUCCUGUGUGACUGCACGGUCGCCAUCGGCGAUGUUUUUUUCAAAGCACACAAGGCCGUACUGGCCGCAUUCUCGAACUACUUCAGAAUGCUCUUUAUACACCAGGACAGUGACUGCGUCCGCUUGAAGCCUGCUGACAUUCAGCCCGACAUCUUCAGCUACCUCCUCAAUCUGAUGUACACCGGCAAACUGGCGACACAGCUUAUCGACCCAGCUCGCCUGGAGCAGGGCGUCAAGUUCCUCCAUGCUUACCCUCUUAUUCAGGAGGCAAGUCUGUCUAACCAUGCAACUCAGGCACACCCUGAGGUCAACCUUCCCCUUUCGUCCUCUCUCUAUGGCAUUCAGAUAUCAGACCAACAGGCCACACUCACAAACCGCCUCUCAGCGAGAACGCAUCUCUCCUCGCCGUUCGACUUAGAAGGUGGGGGUUUACUCGACGGGAAGGGCGUAACCACAAACAAAGCUACCUCACUGAUGCGGCCUGGAUCUAAGCACAGGCACGAUCUGACAGAAACGGAGGUGGAAGCAUCUGCGAGCAUCAGUCAGUUUGUGAGGGAAGGGUCAGAGAUGGAAACAUCUGCAGGUGAGGCCCCGUCAUGUUCCCUGAACACCAACACCAUUCUGCAUGUGAAGCCCAGCAUCAUGAGAAGAAAUACCUCUCUGAGGAAGCAUUAUACGUGCCACGUCUGUGGGGGCCGCUUCACUCAGCGAGGAACUUUACGAGAGCACCUGCUUCUACACACUCAGGCUAUGCUCCCCCUUGUGUUAGAGUCCGUCGGUGCGGCUUCCCCCAUGGCGACCGGAGGUGCCGCCACACCAGAGGUGGAGGAAGUUCUCCGAAGCAGCGAAGCCUCCGCAGCCACUCCCAUCAUUGUGGAUGUGGCCAGUGACAGCGAGCAGCAUCUGUACUUAAAAGACUCGGCGCAUCCUGAAACCGCCAUGCCCAUCCCGACGACAACUGCAAUCAGCCUGUACACGGCGCAGCCCCAGGCGGACACACCUCCUCCAUCCGAUAUUGCUGAUAUUGACAACCUAGAGGGUGCGGCUGACAUGGAGCGGGAAGUGAAGCGGAGGAAAUAUGAGUGCUCCACUUGUGGCCGCAAGUUCAUCCAGAAAAGCCACUGGAGAGAGCACAUGUACAUCCACACAGGCAAGCCGUACCGCUGCAGCGCCUGCGGAAAGAGCUUCUGCCGGGCCAACCAGGCGGCGCGGCACGUUUGCAUGAACCUGAGCUCGGAGCCAGCGUACACCAUGGUGGACCGACAGAGCAUGGAGCUGUGCGGGGCAGAUGACUCCAGCCAAAUGGAGGCGCUGUUUCUAGGCUCGUCAGUGAGACCGUACAAAUGCAAUGUGUGUGAAAUGACCUUCUCCAGCCCCAAUGAGGUGAUCAAGCACCUGUGCUUCAACCAGGGGGCGCUCUCGGGUGGAGUGGCUGGAGAAAUGGGCGUCAGUGGGCUGAACAGUGACAACCUGGCCAAAGACGAAGGCUCGGAUUCAUCCAAUGGUGGGCCGUUGAUAACACCCAUCAAAACAGAGGAAGUCUUUGUGGAGUAGCUCCAUAUUCAUCCACUUCAAAAUAUAGUUUGUUUUUUAAUGUAUUGCAUUUGAAUUGUGGGUAAAUUAUGAUCAGAAGUUAAGCUACAGAUCGAAAUUUCUGUUAUAUAUAUGUAAUUUUUUCUGGGGAUUUUACUUUUGCUGAAAAAUACUGCUUCCUGCGUUAUUCUUUUUUUUUUAACAUAAAUUUGGUUUGUAUAUUUAUAACAGAUUUACUGUAUGUUUAGUCCAACAAGUCAAAUUCCUGCUUCAUUCUGUAUUUCUUUCAAGGGUUUUGUUGGUUACUCGGGUCAUUUGCAGUUUUUGUUGCGGUUAAAGCUCUUCCUCUGUCUAACUGUACAGGAAAAGGAUGUAGUGAACUGCUGGAAUCCUGCGUUCGUCUCAGUGCAGAUCAGUCUAGACUUUACAUUAGGUUGGAUUGGUAACUCGAUAGAAUGCUAAAAAAAAAAAGUAAUCCU